UGAAUCACAGCCUUAUGCUUCAUAAAUAAGUCAUCGAACUUAUCCAAAUAAGGAAAAAUACUAACUAGACUUAUUUUACAAAAAUGGAUUCAGAAAUGAUUAAGAAGCUUGGAACUUCUUUCAUAGUACCUUCUGUUCAAGAGCUAGUAAAGAAAUCCAUAACAAAAGUUCCAGAGAGAUAUGUUCAACAAAACCAAGAUCCUCAUGUUGUUUCUAGCAAAAUCUCUUUACCACAAGUUCCUGUCAUCGAUUUGAAUAAGUUGUUGACUGAAGAAGAUGGAACUGAACUAGACAAACUUGAUUAUGCCUGCAAAGAAUGGGGUUUCUUCCAGCUGAUCAAUCAUGGAGUGAAUUCUUCAUUGGUGGAAAAUUUCAAAAAACUUGUUCAAGAUUUCUUCAAUCUAUCAGCAGAAGAAAAGAAAGUAUUUGCACAGAAACCAGGAGAUAUGGAAGGUUUUGGUCAGAUGUUUGUUGUAUCAGAUGAACACAAACUUGAAUGGGCUGAUUUAUUCUACCUACUCACACUUCCAUCAUACAGAAGAAAUCCACACUUAUUUCCUAGUAUUCCCCAACCAUUCAGAGAAAAUCUAGAGAUGUAUUCUUUAGAACUGAAAAAACUAAGUGUGACAAUCAUUGAGUUUAUGACAAAAGCAUUAAAGAUCCAACCAAGUGAAUUGCUAGAGUUUGUUGAAGAUGGAACUCAAGCAAUGAGGAUGAAUUACUAUCCUCCAUGUCCUUAUCCAGAACAAGUUAUUGGACUCAAUCCUCAUUCUGAUGCUGGUUGUCUUACAAUCCUUCUCCAAGUCAAUAAUGAAAUGACACAAAUCCAAAAAUAA